AGAAAGCGGGUUAUGUGAAAACUCUGAGCUUGUUAACCCUGAGAUGAGGGAAACUCUGAGGUUAUCCGUUCCAGAAAGAGAGGUAACUUAAACUCUGGGUCCGUUACUGCGGUGACGUACUCUGUGAACAUAACCUGCUCGCUGCAGGUUUACUAUAAAAACCCCAGAGUUUCUACCUGUCUCCUCCCACACGAAGAAAGCGGUUAGAUAUGGAUUGCCCCUUUCUUAGAAAUCCGAUCGACAUCGAGGCGGUUUUGAUUAGAAAUGUUUUACGUCGCGAAAGAAUCUUCCGACCCAGGUUAGACGUUUUAUCAUUUCCAGAGGAUUUUCUUUUCGAACGCUACCGCUUUUCAUCAAACAGUAUCAUUUAUCUCAAUAACCUUCUCCGCCCAUAUAUCACCAACCUCACACAUCGCGGACGAGCACUCACAUCGGAACAAACUCUAUGCAUAGCACUACAUUUUUUUGCAAACGGCAGUUUUCUUUACAACAUCGGGGAUGCGGAGCAUUACGGCAAGGCAACAGUGUGUAGGGCUGUACGAAAGGUAACCCUCGCACUGAAGCGCCUGUUACCGGUGAUGGUGGUGUUCCCAGGACACAAACCUGUUCGCACCAUCAAGGAGGAAUUCCACAGGAUUGCAGGACUUCCAAAUGUGAUAGGGUGCAUAGACGGGACACAAAUCCCUAUUACUGCACCUGCCCAAAAUGAAGGGGACUAUGUCAAUAGAAAAUCCUUUCACAGUAUCAAUGUCCAGAUCAUAUGUGAUGCAGCUUCCAUCAUCACAAAUGUAGAAGCCAAGUGGCCUGGCUCAGUCCACGAUUCCCGGAUCUACCGGGAGUGUAGUCUGAGCAACAGAUUUGCACGUGGAGAGUUUGAUGGCUACCUGCUCGGGGAUCGAGGCUAUCCAUGCCAGCCCUCUCUGUUGACCCCUUACCCUGAGCCGGGGCCCCAACAACGUUUUAAUGUGGCCCACUGCAGGACUAGAGCCCGGGUUGAGAUGACCUUAGGCAUACUCAAAUCCCGGUUCCAGUGCCUGCGUAAGCUCAGGGUCACCCCAGAGAGGGCAUGUGACAUCAUUGUGGCAUGUGUUGUUCUCCAUAAUAUUGCAAUUAUUAGAGGAGAGCAACACCCAGCCGUACAAAUCAAUGACGCUGAGGAUGAACAUCACAUCCCUGUGGAUGUUCAGGAUGGAAGGGCAAUAAGAGACCUCAUCGCCCGAAAUCACUUUUGAUUAAAAAUGAAAAUUCACAUGUAAUUUGGUUCUUCUUUAUUCCCUAAA